AUGCCCACUUGUCUCCUCACCAUCAGAAGGAGACGAACAUGUCAUUCCAGAGGUUCUCCCGUCCGAAAUACGACAUGCUAUCCGGUGAGAAAUUGUACGGCACCCGGUCCCGAUAGAAUAAGACCAGAACAGAAGAAGAAUCUUCCGCCAGUACUCAUCAACCCUCUGGCGAGGCUCUUUACAAGUUACCUGUCGGAAUGCAAGGUUAAACAGUGGAAGACCAGCAAGACCGUGUUGUUGUAUAAAAAGGAGAUCCACAUGACAUCAGCAACUAUCGCCCAAGCUGCUUACUGUCCGUCAUCUAUAAGCUCUUUACAACAGAGAUCCUUAAUAGGAUUGAAAAAGUUUUGGAUGAAGGACAGCCAUGCGAGCAAGCAGGGUUUCGAAAAGGAUUCAGCCCGAUUGACUACAUUCACCCUACCCCAUGUUUUGAAACUCAUCGAGGUAUCACGAGAGUACAAGAUGCCACUCUGUCCCACCUUCAUCGACUUGGAGAAGGCCUUCGACACAGUUGAGACGGAAGCGCUCAUGGAAGUCUUGGACAACCAAGGCGUCCCUACUCAGUACUAA